UUAUACCUUAGAAAAAAAUAAAAGUGUAAGCUGCCCAUAGGUUACUGGAAAGUUGCCAUCUCUUCCAGAAUUAAACUAGAGGGCGCCACGUCGCGACCAAAACAAUACCAAUAAAUUACAUUUCCAAAUGAAAUCGCCCACCCAUUCUCAUCGCUUUCUCUUCCAUUCUCCAUUUCCCUCCUCUUCCCUUUCACCUUGCAUUAAUUUUACAAUAUCAGUUAAUUAAUUCAGCCGAAUUCGCUGCGCAGCAUCCCUUUUUGCCCAACAAAAUAAUAUCAUCCAUCUCACGGCGAAUUAAACCCAAAAGAAUAUUAAUCACCUUGCCGACGACAGUGACAUCUCGCGUCAAAAUUCCACCACUACACUUCAACCAAAAGUCCAAUGGAAAAUGUAAAGAAAAAUGGAGUCAAAUUAAUGAUGGCGACUGUCUCGUCUUGUAAAUAUUAAAAAUCAACUCUAAAUAAAAUUUACACGGCGAAUUAUUUCAAUUUACCACAAUCGAAUUGAAAUUAAAAACAUUGUUGUGAAUCGUAAUUAAAUAAAUAUUCUUGUGCCGCCCCUCAACAAACCUCUUGUUUCGAUGUGCAAAAUGUGCAAAAUCAACGUAAUGCAUUUCUUCUCUGACUAAACUAAACUAUGGCGGGGAUAACUUGAGAGCGACGAAGAACACAAGAAUUUGUAAAUGUUGUGUUGUGUGUUGUUUACUUGACUUUUUUACAUUUAAUUAAAUUCCAAAAGCUCGCAAAUAUCCUAAAGAAUCCAUUUGAAUAUCUUUAUCCUUAGAAAUCCAUCGCGAAACCACCAAAAAUUCCCUCGAAAAGUUGAAAAAACAAAAUUUUUAUUUUGACAACUCUCGCUCGAUUGAAACGCAGAAAACACAAAAAAGAACCAGAAAUACAAAAAUAUUUUUUCUGUUGCAGCAGGAGUGCGAUGCAAAAGCAGUGAAUGUUUAGCUUAAAACAACAAUUGUUUGAAAAGUUGUUAAUAAUUCUUCUUAAUUUCGCCCGAUUCUCUCAUUUUAACAAUAAAGAAAAAAACAAUUUUGUAAAUAAAAGUCGUCAGUGUCGCGAUAGUCAUUCAAGGAAAAUACAGUUUGGUAUCUACAUAUAGGUAGAUCGUAGAUGUGCUACACUUGUUCCGUCGUUGUCGUUGUCGCCUUCGCUUUCGCCUCCACCAGCGCGGUGUAGAGAGGUAAGGAGUGUAGUGAGUGUUAUAGGCGCGGAUGGUGUUAACAUUGAGUGCGGCGGGACAACAGCCGAACCAGCGCUCAGUUUCAGUUGUGUUGCUUCUAAUUGAAGCAAGAUCAGCAUCAACAGCAGAAGCAAUCGUGCAGGAGCAACCCAAUUAACCAAAGAAGCAGAAGCAAAACUAUUCUCAUUAUUUUCCAAGAGAGAGAAUGUGAUGUAUAUUAAGAGAAGAAGCCCGUGCCCGCCUUUCCUCAUACUAAGCGACGGCAACCAUAGUCCAUGUCUUUAUGGAAUUCAACAGAAGAUUCAGUUCUUCACAGAAAUAGUCGAUUAAAAUCAUCAUUUAUGUUUAAUCAUACACCAAGAUGUCACAAAGAGGUAAACGAGGAAACAAUCACCGAUUAGAGAGCGAUCCGCAGCCGCCACCGACGAAGCGACGCAAAGGGCGACCCCCUAAUGGAUCGGCGGCGCUUCUAGGAGUGGCGGCGGCCACAAUAUCUAAGGCGGUCGCAUCAACAAGCAAUACCAAUGACAACCAUGUCGAAGGAUCCAAUGGUGGCGGAGGAGCAGGAGGAGGAGGAGCAGCAGCAGCAGCGAGCGCUAGUUCGGGGCUAACGUUACCUCCACCGCUGCCGAUGGCGUCGGCAGCAAGUACAUCACACCAGCUAACAUCAUCGUCAUCAUCCAAGUUGCCGUCUUCGUCCUUAUCGUCGAAUACUGCUGGAGGCAUUAACUCAAGCGGUGGAACAUCUUCAUCAGUGCCGUGGCAGGCGAGAUCUGUGGCCGACAUAAAGAUCUCAAGCAUAUACAAUCGCAGUUCAACAGAGGCACCUGCUGAGCUUUACAGAAAGGAUCUCAUUAGCGCAAUGAAAUUACCCGAUUCCGAACCACUGGCCAGUCAUGAGUAUUUAGUUGUCAACGACCAAUGGAAGCAGGAGUGGGAGAAGGGUGUACAGGUGCCGGUGAAUCCGGAUUCGCUGCCAGAGCCAUCAGUGUUUGUGAUGCAACAGCCUAUUGUUCAGCCCGCGCAUGAUUUUAAACUUCCAAAAAACCGAUAUUUAAGAAUAACUAAGGACGACUCCUAUAAUUCCGAAUUACACUACCUAACAAAUGUGGUAGCGUUAGCUGAAAAUACCUGUGCCUACGACAUCGACCAAGUCGAUGAUGUUUGGUUAAAUUUACUUAAUAAAGAAAGGGUCUUAUCCGGUGCUUCUCCAAUAACAUCUGAGCAAUUUGAACGUGUUAUCGAAGAAUUAGAGGUUCGAUGUUGGGAACAUAUUCAAGUCAUAUUAAAAAACGAAGAUGGCCUCGGUAUUGAGUAUGAUGAGAAUGUAAUUUGUGAUGUGUGUCGAUCACCUGAUUCAGAGGAGGCAAACGAAAUGGUAUUCUGUGAUAAUUGCAAUAUAUGUGUGCACCAGGCGUGUUAUGGUAUUACGGCCAUUCCAUCAGGGCAAUGGCUGUGCCGAACUUGUUCGAUGGAUAUUAAGCCAGGUUGUGUGCUCUGUCCGAACAAGGGUGGCGCAAUGAAAUCAACAAGAUCUGGUAAAAACUGGGCACAUGUGUCAUGUGCUCUAUGGAUACCGGAAGUUAGUAUUGGGUGUGUGGAUCGCAUGGAACCAAUAACAAAAAUCUCAAGCAUUCCACAAAGUCGAUGGGCUUUGAUUUGUGUAUUGUGUAAAGAGCGUGUGGGAGCUUGCAUACAAUGUUCGGUGAAGACAUGCAAGACAGCCUAUCAUGUUACUUGUGCAUUUCAGCAUGGACUAGAGAUGCGGGCAAUCAUCGAAGAGGGUAACGCUGAGGAUGGUGUAAAGCUGCGCUCGUACUGCUUAAAACACAGCUUGGGUAGCAAAGGCAAAAAAGGAAACCAAAAAUCGACGAACAAUAAUGGACUGUGUUCAGGUGGCGAUGACGAUGAUGGCCGCCGACGAAAGAGUCGGAAAGAUAUGACUUCAGAAGAACGGAAUCAAGUACGAGCUCUUCGACAUCAGGAAGUGGAAGCUGAAUUUGACAAAUAUGUUAAUGUCAGAGACAUUAGCUGUCACCUCUUCGAGUGCGAUGAAGAUGCAAUAACGAGCAUUUAUAAUUACUGGAAAUUAAAGCGAAAAUCUCGUAACAACCACGAGCUAAUUCCACCCAAAUCUGAGGACGUAGAAUUGAUUGUCCGCAAACAAGAGCAAGCUGAUCUGGAAAAUCACAAAUUGUUCGUGCAUCUGCGCCAAGAUCUGGAAAGAGUACGCAAUCUCUGCUAUAUGGUUAGUCGAAGAGAAAAACUAUCGCGUUCGUUAUUUAGGUUGCGAGAGCAAAUAUUUUAUAAGCAAAUAAACGUGUUAACUGAUGAAACAAUCAUUAACACGAUAGAGUAUGAUGAAAAUUUAACAACUGCUGUGACCUACGCAAACGAUGGUCAAUCUCUGUACGAUAGGUUUUAUACUAGCUCAAAUUAUCAAGGCGACCAAUCAUUUUUAAGUUUAGAACAUAAUAGGCAAAAGGCAUUAGGGGAGGGUAGGAGUAGUAGGUCAAAUGUAGCCUCAGGUGCCGCUAGCUCAGCGGCAGCGGCAGGUUCUAGAGCUUCUUCCUCGGCAGCAAAUCGAAAGAAAUCAAUUUCUCCCUACAAGAAAAUUAAUGUUAACGGGGCUAAAGCGCCUCGUCGGAAUGGUGGCGACGGUCAUAGGGCGGCAAGUAGUGGUUCUCAAUCAUCGUCGUCGUCGACUAGUUCGACGGGUUCAACGGGCUCUUCUUCAUCGUCGUCUUCAGGUUCUUCGGCUUCCUCCGCGUCUUCUGCUUCGUCGGCAAGUGAAAAUGAGUCAGCCAAAAAGAAAACAUCGCCAGCGAAACAACGUAAAAAGCAAAGCUACUUGUGUUCUGUCGAAAUGCGACAAAAACGGCGAAAAAGUAGUGCUGCUGCUUCAACUGCUGCAGCUAAUUUACCUGCGUCAAGUUCAAGCGACGAAGAGGAUAAGAAACAACAAUCGCAUAAGCGACCAAACAAUUUCCUAUCUCAAAUGCAGAAGGAGCUGGAAAAAGACAAAGGUGCUCUGUCCUCAAGCAAUGAAAGUGAGGAAUUGGUUCCGUUGAAGAAUCUCGACAACACGAGUAAAAAUGCCAAUCGAAAACCUAACACACAAAUUUACUCUGAUAGUGACAGUUCCACGUCUACGUCGGAGGAAGAUAAAGAUAAAACCGAAAGCAAUAUAAGCGACUAUCAAACAAACGUACGAACGAAGGCUGCCAUGAAGGAAUUUACUCUGCAGCAGUCGAUACAAAAACAAAAGAAGGAAGCAGCAGCUGCAAAAGCUAAAGAAGACGUUGCCAGCACAAAGGACAACAAAGAUAAAGAGAAGACUAAAACAAAAACUAAGGAAACUGCAAAGGAACACUCGCGAACAGAAAGCUCGAACAAAGACAAAAAAGAAGAAAAGAUUAGCAAGAAGAAAGGCCAAGAGCAUUCGUCAAAAUCGGCUGAAAAGCAAAAGUUCGCCUCUGACUUGUUGGUGGUUCCGCAAAGGCAGGCGGCUAAGAAGGCAUCGGAAAAUAUGCGUUCUACGAAUAGUUAUUCGGCAGCUGUGGCUGUUCCAACAGGUGUUGCGCCUAAGAAAGAUUCUCGAGAUGAUCGUGAUUCCGAUCGCACGCAGGUCCCCCCAACACGUGAAAAAGAUAAGGAAAAAGAGAAAGAAAAAGACAGAGAAAAGGAUAAAGAUAAAGAUAAGGAUAAGGAGAAAGAGAAAGAGAAAGAAAAGGAUAAGGAAAAGGAUAGGGACAGGGACAAACCAAAGGAAAGUACAAGCACUAACAGUAGUAAAUUGGAUGAGAAAACGCGUCCCAAAGAGAAAGACAAAGAACGGGAGAAACCGACUGAAAAAGCAGUUGGAAAACGUGGUAGACCUCCAAAGAAUUCGAAUAAGGAUGAAUCAUCCUCAUCGAAGGAUAUUGUCUCUCCGCGACAGGAGAAAGUGCAGCCGAAAGCAGCAGAUAGUGUUUCAAAAUCAAGCAGUAGCAGCAAGAUAACAGAGUUACCAAAUAGUGUGAAGCCACCAACAGAUAUGACCAAAAAUAACAUCCUGGUAGCAUAUGUUCCGCAGAGGCAGGCAGCCAAGAAGGCCGCGGAACAGCUGAAGAGUGGAGGAGUUAAGAAUCCCACAACUGACAUGGUGACGGACGAAAAAGAAGUAAAAGAUAAGGAAGGCAAACUGAAGUCGCCAGAAAGCAAUAAAAAGCAGCCAUCGGCAUCGAAUGAGUCUCAUGUUGUUAAGCCAAGAAGGUUGUCCAAGGAGAUGAUCACUAAAGACACAACAAAGGAAUCAGUUCCGACGUCAAGAACAAUUGGCACACGAAGAUCCAAAGAUUCAGUUUCAGAUAUUGUCAAAGAAUCUGAAGGCAAGAGUACAACACAAGUGUCAGUUCCACCUCCAGCUUCAUCUUCAGAUCCAGAUUUAGAUUUACCUUCAGUUCCAGAUCCAGAUUCAGUUCAAGAGCCAGUUCAAAAGGCAGUUCCGAUACCAAUAUCUGUUCCAGAACCGGAAAAAGACCCUGCACCAGCGCAUCCGUCAUUGGAGGAUGAACCUCAAGACAAACAAGCUCCUGAAUUACAUGAAACGAAACUGGUACCUGAGACUACAACAUCUAACGAAAAGCAACGCACUCCAGAGCCAAUCCCUUCAGAAAUAUCAAAACUUACACCGGAAGAAGAAAUUGUUCACAGGCCACAAACAAUAUUAUCUCCUUCCUUGACGGAAAAGAACAGGGAACUCUCUGAAAAGGUAGGAAAUCGUAGGUCGCCGGUACAAAAUGUAAAUCUCACAUCGACGUCCGAGUCUAGUAGUUCCUCCUCCUCGUCUUGUAGCAGUAGUUCAUCUGACGAAAGUGAAAUAGAAGAGAGUCGCAAACCACCCACUUCACGAAAACUUUCCAAGGGUAGUAUUGGUGAAAAGAGUACGAAAAAAUCGUCACAAGACGAACUACCUAAGUCGCCAACACCUUCACCUUCACCUUUACCCGUCAAAUCUCCCAGACUCUCAAAGCCGCCGAACACAAGUCAGAGCAGUACGAGUAGUAUUAACGGCAGCAGGGAUUCUCUUCAAAAAGAAGACCCUCUUCCACAUCGACUGUCUCCUACGAUUCCAACGGAAGAACACCAACCUGAUUCAGCGCCAAUUGUUUUGGACGAUGACGAUGACGAAGAAGAUAAUUCCAAAGUAAAGUUAUCUCCUGAAAAGGAUAAAAAGGAUGACGUUUUGGCACCUCAGACAAUUGAAAUCGAAGACGAUGAAAUCACAAAAACCUCACCCACAUCACCUAACCUCGAGGAAGAAAUUACUCAAAGGAAAGCCGAAUUGGUUUCAUCGACGACCAUAUUCAACAACACAAGCACAACCUCAAGUCUGUCAACAAAUCAAAGUAAAUCGCAUCGCAAUUUUGGUUCGUUGGACAAAUUACUCAACAAAAAGGAACAAGAACUCAUCAGCAACAGCAGUAGUGCUGCGGACGAGAGGAAGUCUAGCAUUUCGGCAGGGGAAAGUGCCAGUAAUAUUGAGUGUGAAACUAUAAUGGACGAGCUGAAAGAAGCGCCACAUGCUCAUGAAGACCAAGUGGACGAGGAGAGAAUUCCCACACCGUCGAUUGAGGAGAAAUGCAGUCGGUCAAUACGUAUAGAAGAUCCUGAUAUUAUUGAGCUCGAUUCAAACUCUGAACAGAGCCUUAAAAUUGACUCGAACGAACCUCAAACGCAAGAUGACGAGGAAUGUGGGCAAGACAACUCGUCGGAGAAACCCCCACAAACUCCACCUGCGCCUUCGAGUAGUGAGGAAUCUCAAAAGAUUUUCGAACAAUCUCCGGCUACUCCUGCAGCACACCACCACCAUCGAACUUCUUCAUUCGAUCCAACUUCUGAAAUUCACUUGCUAGACAAUAUUCCAGAGCCGGACGAUAAUGAAGACGAAGAAGAUGAUGAUGAUGAUGCCACCGCUGCUCUACCCGACUUCUCCUUUAGUCAAGGACCGGGUAUGGAUUGUUCAGGGCCCGUUCCUAAAGCAACUCACGAGGCGCACAAAGAGGAUGAUAGUGCGUUAACCAUGAAUCUAGUGAAGAAACUCCGUCAAUCCCAAUCACAGAAACGCAACCACAACAAAUGCGAUGAUGUUCCAACAGAUUACGGACCACCUCCAACACCUGCAAUACCAACAACAUUCCCCUAUAACCACCACUCAGAUGAUAUGUUCCAGCAAAAGGAAAAUUCUGCUCCCACUAAGCAAAUCAAAGACGAUAGUGCUCUGCCUGAAGACAAGCCUGCUUCGGAUGCACCCGCUAUGUCGCAGAUUACAAACAAUAACAGUUCAAGCCUUAUUGUGCCAUUUUCCGAAAAUGCCAUUAAUUUUCUGGACAAGUCAAUAACCCAACCGUCGUUGGUGCAAUUUCCUGCACUACAGUCCUCCAACGAUCCGCAACAGCAGCAACAACAACAGCAGCAACAGCAACAACAAACGCACAAUAUUCUACAAGAUUCUGUAACGGUAAACGACGCAGGUUCUAUGUUCCUAAGUGACGCAGACAUGGUUGAUCACAAGAAGAAAACUCCUCAAGCUACGAUCAACAACAGUGAUUGCUUUAACAAGCUGACUGACUUCAAAGAACCAGACUUUGUUGACCUCCAUGUCUCGAAGGAAACUUCCAUGGAUUUCACUACAAAUGCGGAGUCAGUUUACGAUGAGAACACCAGAAUGCAAUCGCCGUACAUGAAUGCCAGCGAUAAGUGGAACGAAAACGACCUUAUUCAGACGAGAAGAUCGGUCUCCACUUCGCCAAGUUCCAUUUCAGAAUCAAACGAUAUUCCGCAUCAGAUGCUUCCUACCACCAAGUCAAACCAACAGUCGCAGCAACACCAACAACAACAACAACAACAACAGCAACAGCAGCAGGAUUGUAACAUGGUUAACAGUCAGAAAACUCACUUUUCAGGAGCACUUGACUCAUUCGGGAGCGCAUUAAGUUCUCAAUUCAAUUCCAUUGCCCAACAGAACAAUUCCACUCAAAAUAUGGUAAAUGGGAUUGAUGUCUUGGGAUCCUCGUAUGACUUUGGACAGCAACAACAACAGCAGCAUCAGGCCAGUCAUUCACAAAACCAAUACAAUGGUCCAGUGAGUCUGUUCCAUGCGCCGCCACCACACGCUAACGUACCCAACCACAUGAAUCAAAUAUCCUUCCCAACACCCGGACCGGUGUUGUUUCCCACGGCCGGUCUGGCUGGAAAUGUUCCACAGAACCGAGCUUCGCAAUCGCAACAGCAAUCACACCAACAAAGUUCCUCUAUAUUCGGAGGAAAUCGUCAGAAUCACCAACAGGACAUAUCAGCGUCUUCUUUCAUGACCCCAAUGUCAAGUGGCAAUGGCGGUAGCGGAGGUGGUGCAACAUUUACCUCGUCUUCGCACAACCUCGCUCUCACUGCUGCAAUAGUUUCGACCUCUGUAGCCACCCUGGAUCAUAACUCCCCGCAGAAUCAUCAAUUCAAUGCUGCGUCUGCACAAUUUAAUUCUCUACUUGAAUUAAUGCCCCCUACAACCAAUUCGAACAACAAAGAAUCACCGUCAAAACGCACAUCGGCGAGAUUUAGUCAACAACAUCAGCAACAGCAACAACAGCACCAGCAACUUCAACAAACACAACAACAACAAACACAGCAACACCACCAACCACAGCAACAAGUUCUUCCUCGAAAAUCGCCUCAAAUGCACAAAAGCCCCGGCAAAAGUCCUCGCCAAAUGGAAUUGCUAAGCAAGCAAUUGGGUCCGAAAAGUGGCAAGUUUGAGGGACAAACAACAGGCCGCCAAAGAAAGAAUUCGGCCCGAGGGACAGGAACCGGUCGUGGUCGAGGUCGUGGCCGAGGCAGAGGAGGACGUUUAUCGUCGACGACACAAAUUGCACCUGCCAUUGAAUACACAAACACUCAUAUCGUUAAUAAUCUUGUUGGUACACCUUACGAUUUCAACUACGAGGAAGACAUGGCUUCCUCGAAUAUGGAAAAUCUACAAUCUCUGCGAGAUCGUCGACGUUCGUUCGAUUGCCGAGGCAAUAUGCAGCAAAAUACAACUCCCGAACAGCAGAAGUUCUCUAGCCCUACGUACAUCUGCAAAAUGCGAAACAGUACGCAGACCACCGCAUCCAACAACUGUAACAAUCGGCAAGGUGACCUCAAAACUCCUUCGGCGAAUACAAUAUCCGCCACAAAUAGUGAUGUCGCAAUGCUGCAUAACAUUGUGAGACCAGUUCUUCCCGGACCAGUCGAUAUGCGUACCUACAGUCUUGAUUUUGAGGCACAGCAUUCAUCUGCCAGUCAGGAGGCGUACAACAAUAAUUUGCUAGGUGCAUUUGAUUCGGGAACUGCUGAUCAAACGCUGCCCGACAUUGACGAAGAAGUUGAGAAAGAAUUCCAAUCGGCUCUUAAGGCGAGUGGAACUGGUAUUCGUCUGACUCAAAACAGCCAGCCUUCCAACGCUCCUGAAGUUGUCAUGCCCGCGGAACUGCAAACGUCAAUGGAGACAACAUCAGAAGAGAUUUCCAUCGACUCCGAUACCACGAAUACCAAGGUAUCACUCUCCGAUUCGAGAAACCAGUUGAAGCUUAAAAUCAAAGGACCACUAGCAUAUCCCGACAUGUACAAUUCAACAAAUUUGAGUGUGCAACAGUCAUCGGCGCAUGUGCCAGUAGCACAGGCAACAAUUGGAAGUGGGAGUUCCUCGGUUGGCAGUGGUGGGACCGGCAUUCGACGCAUGCGGAAAAAGGAAUUGCUACAGUAUUGGGGACAGAAAGAAACCAAUGUGGACGACACUGUUGGCAUGACGCAGUCUGCAGAAAAUAAAACAAGCUCCUCAGAUGCAAUGAUCAGUCGUUGUGUUGGCAUUCCGAAGGCUGUAGAUUCAAUGCUGUCGAUUCCGACGAAAGAAGAUUACAAGAGCUACAACAGUACGGAGACCGUUUCAAAGAGGAAAAAGGGCGGCUCCCGGGAGUUGCGACAACUUGACAUGAGCUACGACGUUGCGGAAGGUAAUCCUGAACGACGACGCAGUGGCUGUUCGACAGGUAGCAAUCUAUCGGUGAGCAAUGAAACUGGGGUCAAGACGACUGGUAAGCGUCGUGGACGUAGUAAAACACUCGAAUCCGAAGAGGAACACACCCCCAAACUGAAGAUUAAAAUUCUAAAAAAGUCACCUGUUGGUGGAGCAUCAGCUGGAAUCAGCGGACCAGGAGCAUCCACAAAUAUGCGCAUUGUUUCCUGUCCGCCCAAGAAACGCCACACUUCCAGCUAUGUUAUUCCUUCAUUUGAAAUGUUGCGACGAGAGAGCAUGAACUAUCGAAAGAAAGUGAUGGCCGAUUUUGGUGAAGAUGACGAGGAGAAGCCCACCCAAGUCAGUGCGGAAAAAAUCGAAGCACCAGCUCACGUGUCCAAAAAGAAAUCCUCCAAACAGAAAAAGGAACACAAAAAGAAAAAGAAGCAAGACAAACACAUUCAAGUAAUUGAAAACAAUGCAUCCGAUGUUGCGCCUAAACUCAUUAUUCGCUUUGGUAAGCGAAAAAUCGAAGAAGACGUUGCCUCGGACAUGGGAGAUGUGGACAGUGCAAAAUUAUCAGAGACAUCUGCGCCCAUCGUACCCAUUCGCUUGAAACUUGCCCGAAAUUCCGAUGGGGGAGGAUAUGUUAUUGGUAAUAAUCAGAAAAAACGAUUAUCUGAUCCGAAUCCAGAUCCAUCCACAGACAACACUUGCGAAAGUGAGAGAUUGUCAGGGGAGUCAAGUCAUGCUUCUAAAUCAACAAAUCAACCAGUUCCUCCGCUAAAACUAAGGACCAAUUUUCACAGUGAACAACACGCGGCCGAUAUUAAUGCUGGUUAUAGCAACAGUAGUAAUAGCAGUAGCACGCCGCCGCCUUCAGCAUUACAUCCUCAUGAAUCAGACAGUGCUGCUAAGAUGGCUGUUGAUGCAUCUUUAACAGAUCUUUCAAAGGCAACAUCAACCGUGACUGCAACCUCUGAUACCGACUCAGUCUCGGCCACAGCAACGACGAUGGCGGCGGAGACGGGAGUGGGGGCGGGGACGGGGACAGGUACGAUGACGGUAACGGAAAAUGACUGCAGCUUACUUCCACAAAACAAAGACUGUGAAGUUAGAUGAUAAUCCUACUACUGUAUUUAAACCUUAACUUUUGUUGAAUAAUCGUUUAAGUUUUACCUUUUUUUCUCUACAUAUAAUUUUCUUCUCGUCCUCCUUCCUAUUUUCAAAUAUUUAUGCCUAACCUAAUUUAAUUAAUUUAUAUUCGAUUUAUAAUAUAUUAUAAUUAUAAUUAACGCCUUCCAAAUCAAAUAUUAUGUAGAAAGAGAAUGAGUGAUGUAUAGAAAUAUGUAAUAACGAAACGAAGGCGAGCAAUCGUUUAAUUAUUGUAAUUUUUCUUUAGUCAAAUGCUUGGAAUUAUAUCAUAAACAAAAAUAUGCAAAAUGUAUAAAAAAAAAACACAAGAUAAUACAACAAAUUAAUCGAGGACUCUCGGCUGCACAUUAAUCAUCUUAAUUCGAUGAAAACCAUAAAUGAUUUUUUUUUAGAGAUACUACUUUUAAGAAGAAGAGUGCUUUAUGAAACAUGUGUAGUGUAUGAAUGUUGUAAUUUUUGCUGUUGAUCGUGUGUGUGUGUACUGAAUAUUUUGAAAACAGAAAAAUGUUGAUUGUAAAUUUUUUUGUAAUUGUAAAUUUUUCAAUGUACUUAUGUGUAUAAGUCAAAAUCAGCAACAACAAAUUUUUAUUAGGCUAAGAAAAAGUAAAUAAUUAAAAAAAAAAUAGAUUAUUUACUUAUAUUCUAAAAUUAAGUAAUACAAAAAAAACAACUAGUUGCAACUUAGAUAUAAUAAUAAUAAUAAAACAAAACAAUUAUAACAAAUAAGAAUCUAAAAUUAAAAACAAAAACAGUCUUUUAAACGUAAAUAGGUUUAGAAUAGGAGAUUUUUAUAUAAUUGUUUCUCAGCUUUAGAGCCUUAGAUUACUAUUAAUAAUUUUUUAAAAAAUAAUUUAAUUUGUAAAUUAAUUCCUUGAUUUAAGAAGAACAAAAAUAAAAGUAUUAUUUCUGAAAAAAAAACUACAGAAAUAUCUUGAAAAACAAAUAACAAAAAUACAAAAUUAAACAAAAAGAAAACAUUUUAAUAACAUUGAAUAGAUAUUAUUUAUAUUUAUUAUUUUAUUAUGUAUUAAUUUAUUAUUUCGUUUGUUUUUGUUUGGCCAAAGGCCGGCGGAAAGUGCAUUCACAUACAUAAAUACAUCGCUGAUUAAUUUUUUAUUUCCUACCUUUUAAAUAUUAUUAAUUUUAAUUAUGAUUCUUUUUGCUAUGCAUUCUUUUUUUAAUUUUGUUUUGAUUUUAUGCCCCAUUUAUGCAACUAUUAUCAGAACACAUUUUGUUAGAUUGGCCAGAAAACGAAACAAAUUAAAAAAUUAAAAUAAAA